CUCGGCUUCAACCUCAGGUCCAAGAAAUAAAAGCUCCCAACUCCUCUCCCUCACAGCAUUCGCAAUGGAGCACCCGUCGAGCGCGAAUUGGAAGGCUCACAAGAAGGCCGAAAACCUUUUCAAGCCUCACGAUGUCCUCGAUGACACCGCAAAGGCUGGUGUGAUCGGUGCUCUCAGUGGUCUCUUCCUCUCCUCCGUCAAGAAUGCCAUGGCCAAGAACAAUGUCGGCAUCUUGAGCGUCUUCACCCGAGGUGCUCAUAUUAUCGGUAUUGGAGCCGCCGCUCCCGCCGCAUAUGUCUUCGUCUCACGAAGCUCAAUGAACCUCCGCGAAAAGGACGACGCCUUCUCUACUGCUCUCGGUGGCUUUGCCCUGGGUUCAGUUCUCGGCCUUCCCACGAGACGAAUGCCCGUUGUUAUGGGACUUGGUGGUGGUCUCGCAAUCUUCCAGGGUAUGUUCCACUACCUCGGCGGCCGAUACGACAGCUUUAAGAGAGAGGACGACGAAUUCGAGCGCAAGGAGAUCAUCCGACGAAGCACCCGACUGCCAAUUGAGCAGACUAUUUCAGAGAUUGGCGAGGGUCGAGGCAUCCGACCUCCUGGAUAUGAGGAGCGAAGAGCAGAGCGACUUAGUGAGAAGUACGGUGUUGAGAUUAACCCCAUUAAGGCGACUGUCGAGGGUAGCCAAUAAGCACGAAGCGACAAGCGGGCGAAAGGGACGGGAGCGAUUGUACAUAACUCUUCUGGGCGAGGAAGAGAUGCUACACUAGAGAAUUGGAGUUUUGUUUUGUUUCCA